UCUCCACCUCGUUUGUCGGGCACUUAUCAGUAAUCAGCACAAUUUGGUUUCCCCCCACCGUUGAAGAAAUCUGCUGCCGUUCUGGAUUUUCCAGCAUUUACCAGAUAACACAUUUCUUGUUAUUUUAUUUUUCGAAUUGACUCACUUUAAGAAGACAAGGUUCCGAAACCUCAACAAUCACCUAGAACAAAUUGAUUGAACAAACAAUUGCUGCAACACUGCAAUAUUCAUUCGGACGGUGCCUCCGGUGUAGAAUUAUCUACCGGUCGCCAACCAUUUAUUACCUCUCACCAAACGAACACUAUUACCAGCUUGCGUGCUACUCAGCUCGAAUACUAAUCACGGUUUGCGGUGAUUACCCUCUCUGGUUGAUCUUUUCCAAGGUGGGAUUCCCCAGGAUAACUUCAAUUAUAAUUCUCAAAAUGUCGCGGGACUUUACCGUGUUGAGCACGUGUCACGUGCCGCAAGAUCACGACCCAAUUCGAUCACGCCCCCGUCAAAUCCACCCCUUCAAUUGUUGACCUUGAAAUAGAAUUUGAUCAAUAGCCGUGAAAGAGCUAUUGUUUUCACUGCGCGCUCCGGCGGUCGAACAAUGAUAGCAAGUGCACGCGAUUAAUUUCUAGCAGCAGAUUGCCGGUAAGCAACCCACCACACUAGUCAACCCGGUGCCGGUGCAGCCGCGUGAUGGAUGGCGAUGAGCACAUUUCCAUACAAAGCUGCCGCGUAGUAGGGUGAACUUAAAAGUUUGACGCUUUUUUACCGAAAAAUUUCUUUCCGUGUACGAAACUGUGAGGGAGUUGAGAGAAAAGAAGUCAUGGCCUCCUUCGAUAACGCAGGAAGAAAUUCGCGCCAACUUCAAAUCAGCACGUGUUGCGUUCGUAAUCAGCCUACUGCGAUCGGCACCACCCUAGGCGCAACCGGAUCAACUGCAGCAAGUGCUGUUUUUCGCGGCUGCACUUCAUGUUAUAUAAAUUAUACAGCUGAUACUGAAUAUCCGAACACCGCGUGCUGACCGACUGGAAACAUCAAUUCCACGCCGUCGAGUGUUGAUGCAGUGAUUAGCGAAUUUUUCCAAUGAUCUGUACGCCCCACUACUCCCGUCGCUCGCUAGUAGCAUCUAGCAAUGACCGGGAAUCGUCGAUCGACCCAGCCAGUUCUAGUCUGGAAUCUAGCGCGAGAACAUCUCGGAUGAUUGGUCGCGAUCGCGUCGACACUGUCGCAAUGGGAUCUACACUGCUUGCGGUGGUUCUAGUGGUGGGCCUUUUCGGGCCGACCCUGGCCAUCAACCCGCUGGCCAAGGACGAAGAAGUGGUCAACGCUACGAGCUCGAUCUUUGAAAACGUGCAAGCUGCUCAGGCUUCGACGGAGUCGCUGAAGAACGACAUGCCGAGUUCGGACUACCUUCGAUUUGGAGCGCAAGGUCUGCUGGAGUACGUGUCGAACGUGUCCACCAAGUUCACGCCCGUCUUUGAGAACUUUGACCAGAAGGACCUCGAUCAGAUCCAGCAGAGCUUGAUCGAGGCGAUUCGCUACCUUAACGGGUACGAAGUCGUCAACAGUAUCUCGCUGCUGCAGAACGUCGACUACAACCUCUACAAUCACAACCAGUUCCGGUCGAUCAACAGCGAUCUACGGAUAGCGUCGAUCGGUCUGUCCGAGGCACUGUUUGAUCAGCGUGAUGUAAGCUCGGCUCUGGAUGAUUUGCUAGCCUCGACAGACAAGCUGGCGGAGCACGUCGGCCGAGUUUCCGACGCGAUCCAACGCGGUGAAGCUUGGACAGCGGAAACGACCGCUCGGGCUACGGCAGCCCAGCGUGCCUUCAACGAGUCCAUCGACAGCUACCUGAACGGAUCACUCACCCAAAUCGACGACCUCUCCGAAUCGCUUACCAACCUUCGCACCUACGAGGAAGAACUGUACCAAAAGAUGAAGGACAAGAUCCCAAUGUUCCCCAAAUCCACCGUCAACUACUUCAUCACCCUCAAAAAGUCCCUCGAGAACCUCAUCCAAAAGGUCCUGAUCAACUUCGAGAACAUGCGCCUCUACAAACACCGCGAGAUCGAACAAUGGAAGGUCCGGUCGUCGAUCAACGCCCCGAUAAGCUACAUGACCCAGGUCGCCGUCCAGGUCUCCGCCGAUCCCAUGCUCGCCAACGACUGCACCGAAGCGUACAUCGAGAAGCUGCUCGCCUUCCCGAACUUUACCGUGAGUCACGUCAACGGCUGCCUCGCCGACCAAACCUCCAACGAGGAAAAAACCUUCGACGUCAUCACGAACGUGAUCGACAACUACGUCGCAGGCGCGAUCAACGCCUCGUACGCCGCCUUCGACAUCUGCUUCCGGUACGCCCCAAAGAAGCUCAACUACUGUCUGGAGCUGAACGGCUACGAAAACACCUGGGCCAACGGGCGGAUCUACACGGCGUCCAAGCAGAUCGAGUCGCUCGUCGACGGCGAGAUCCAGAACAACUUCAACACGUGCAUCGCCCAGAUCGGAUACUUUCUCAACUACCACAACCUGCAGGAGAUGUGCUUCUACAACAAGAAGCGCAACCGACCGCGUGGGCGCUGGUGAUCCCGACAGUGGUUCUGUUAUUGUUUGUUGACGUUUAUUGUUAUCGUUGAAUAAAAUUAGGGGCAGUUGGCUCGAA